AUGGAGGAUGAAAUCUUGGUUUUUAGUUCUUACGUGGAUGAUUUUGAUUAUUUCAACGAACUCAAAGAUUUAUACAAUUUUUCAUCCAUAUACAACUUUUGUCCAGAGUUUACCAAUUCAUUUCUGGCAAAAGAAUAUUAUACGACUGAAAAAG